AUACUGGAAUGCCUCCCGAUAAAGAAGUCCAUCGAGGGUGAAGGAUUUUCCGUUUAAUUAGGUCUGAUUGCGAUCUAAAGGACUUCUGGAUACACACCACGUUGUCCACUAGUCUCUAUCUUCACUGCAAACUCUUGCGCACCCCCUGGUGCUUGCUAGUCUCCAAAACUUCUUUGUGUGUGUUGCCUGCUUUGCAGAUUGUCUUCCUUGUCUCUCUGGUUGCUCAUUAUUCAGAGACAGACGGAUCUCAGGUCAUCUGCAGCUGCAGCAAAAGGAGAAGCAGGAAAGAUGGCGAUCAUCCACUAGACCGGGCACACGCAUGAGACACUCAGCAAGUUUGUGUCUUUUUGGACAAAGAUCGCUCUUUUUUCCCGGACCGAUCCGAUUCCUGGAUUUUACCGGGAGCCCCCGACGAUGGAGGUCCUGCAGUGCGACGGCUGUGAUUUUCGCGCUGAGACCUAUGAAGACCUGAAGUCCCACAUUCAGGAUGUUCACACAGCAUUUGUGCAGCCAACUGCUGUCGGGGAAGGAAACUGCAUUCAGACAAAAUCUGAUACCAUGACUGUGCAGAGCCAGACGGAGCAGGAGGAUCUUGGAACGCUGAAGAAUGAAUUUGAGUCUUCUCAUGAAAGAACUGGACUCCUCCCCUACCAGUCCAGCCCUGGGCAUUACAGCAGUUCCAACCAAAUGCUUUAUAACCAGUCGACGAGCCAGCCUUCCAAGUCAGCAAGCCAGUUUUUUCAGUGCAAGUUCUGUGUUCGUUACUUCAGAUCCAAAACCCUUCUUAGUGAACAUACAAGAAAAGUCCAUGGAUUUGUUGGAGGCUCUAUGCACAGUGGUGGGAAUGGCCCUGUUUCACCUUCCGGCAAGCAGUCAAACUACAGCAUCCUGUUGCACGAUGGAUUUGGGAAGGUUUUCUCUUGUCAAUACUGUACCUACAAAUCUCCGAGAAGGGCACGAAUUUUGAAACAUCAGAAGAUGUACCACAAAAGCAACUUGAUUGAAGCCCCUGUGUCUGUCAAUGAAGCCAUCUCCGAUCCUUCAUCUGUUUCUUUACCCAUGCAGGAGUCUUGCACUGAUCUGCCAGAGGAAGUUGUUGAGCGUAGCAUUCUGGAGUCAAUGGUCAAACCACUGACCAAAUCACGGGGAAAUUUCUCUUGUGAGUGGUGUGGCUAUCAAACUUUACGGAGAGAGAGAUGGUGUGACCAUAUGAUGAAGAAACACCGAAACAUGGUAAAGAUAAUAUCUUCCCUUCGGCAACAACAAGAAGGAGGUAAUGCACCCCCGUCAAAACCAGACUCUCCAGCAUCUCACAGAAGCACUCCAAAUUCCAGUUACAUGCCUAAAAAUUUAAGUAGCAAUGAAAGCAAUGUUUCCAGUUACAGAGGUUCAACGGGGAACUCUCUUUUAAGAUCCCCUUCUUCACAUGCCUCUAAAUUCCCACCCUUUCAGUAUUCUCAUGGAAAAAUGAAAACCACAUCCAGUGGAUCUUCUUCCCUUUUACCAGACAGAUCUGCCUUUGGAAUGUCGGACUCGCUUAACUCUACUGUUGAUGUUGAGACCAACAGCAUGUUGAACGAUUCUAGAAGUAGCUCUGAUGAGGAACUUGGAGAUAUGGAUGGUUCAAACCACACAAAUUCUUUGUCCCUAGACCUUUCAGGAAAACAGUUGUUGUCAGAAGAAGAUACCAAAAUGCUUGAAACAAAGGGAAUACCUUUUCGAAGGUACAUGAACAGGUUUCAGUGCCCGUUCUGUUCUUUCCUCACCAUGCAUCGUCGAAGCAUCUCUCGUCAUAUAGAGAACAUCCAUUUGUCUGGGAAGACAACGGUCUAUAAAUGUGAUGAAUGUCCUUUCAUUUGCACCAGUCCCCUUAAAUUAGGAACUCACAAACAGUGUCACACUGGGACAUCUUCCGAGUGGGAAACCAUGAGCUUGCAGAAUGAAAGCCUGGGCUCUCUUAGCGAGAGCAUGGAACCAAUCAACGGAGGAAGUCUCAACUCCAAGGUGAAUGGCAAAAAAUCAGGAAUGCUAGUUGAAAUAAACCAGCCAAAUCCUCACAGAUGCUCGUUGUGCAGCUUUUCAACAACUACCUUGAAAGGUCUUCGUGUUCAUCAGCAACACAAGCAUUCAUACUGUGACAAUAUGCAAGUGCCAAGUUACGAGGGCCCCUCAAAUGAACAGCAAGACUCUGAGCCAGAAACCUAUACCUCUCCUAACUAUGUGCAGAAAACACAAACCUCAAUUUUGGGCUUCUCAUCCAAAAAGCACUUGCUUUCAAAGACUGCACGCAAAUCCAUUAAUGAUUUACCCUUGGAUCUAUCGCCAGUCAAAAAACGUACACGGAUAGAUGAAAUUGCCAACAAUCUCCAGAGCAAGAUCAGCCAAAACAAACAACAGGAGGAUGCAGUUAUUAACCUGGAAGACAUUGAGGAUGAGGAAGAAGAGGAGGAGGAAAACGUUGUAGAAGUUGAAAUGGAUGAAGAGAAGGAAGAGACGCAAGCUGAGCAGUUAAUGAAGAACCAGAGCUACAACUACUCUAGGCACCGGAUGUAUUUCAGAGAAUCCGAUGACCCUCAAAACGACGACAUGUUGGUAAAAUCAAAUCACCAUCUCCAGCAGAAAUACAUCUCCAACAGCAUGGCUGCUGUUUCACUAACUGUGUCUGAUGAAGAUGAUAAUGAGGAUGAUUACAUCAUUCCAUCCGAGUCCAAAGAUUCACACGAUCAGAGCAGCCAGAAUAGUCGGGAUGCUUUUCAAGAUAAUCUUGACUUUACUGAUGAUUCUGGAGCACUGUUUCAUUGCAAGCACUGUGACUACAGUAACAAAUCAGCCCGCAGUGUAAGCACACACUACCAGCGAAUGCAUCCUUACAUAAAAUUUAGUUUUAGAUACAUCUUGGAUCCGAAUGAUCACAGUGCUGUAUAUCGUUGCCUUGAGUGCUACGUCGAAUACACGACUUUCGAUGACCUUAACCAACACUAUGCUGAACACCAUCCUGAAGCUAUUAACGUCCUAAAUUUCAACCAGCCAGAUCUGAUAUACAGAUGUCGAUUCUGCUUGUACACUAGCCCAAAUGUUCGAAGUUUAAUGCCUCACUACCAAAGAAUGCACCCUACGGUGAAGAUCAAUAAUGCUAUGAUCUUUUCCAGCUAUGUGGUUGAUCAGCCUUUGCCCAUGAGCAGUGAGUCACAAACGCUGAGAGAAAUUUUAAACUCUGCCCCCAAAAGCUUUGGAACGUCCACACCCAUAGCACGUAGCACAUCCCAGACCAGUCCAGUAAACAAGAGCUUCCCGAAGGCAGAUUCAAUUAUGGAUACGGACUCUCAGAAAGACAAUGCUGUAAAUAAUGUUGUAGUUUAUGACUGUGACGUUUGCUCUUUUGCUAGUCCAAACAUGCACUCUGUUUUGGUACACUAUCAGAAGAAGCAUCCAGAACAAAAAGCUUCCUAUUUCAGGAUCCAGAAAACAAUGCGCGUAGUUUCAGUAGAUCGCUCUCAGGCCAACUCCAAUCAAGUAUUUGAGGUGAGUGCCCCGUCUCCUCCUAAAACAAGCAGUGUAGCUCCUCCUGAAAUUAAGGAAGAGAUAUAUUACUGCAAACACUGUGUUUAUAGUAAUAGAUCAGUAGUGGGGGUGCUUGUUCAUUACCAAAAAAGACACCCAGAAAUAAAAGUAACCGCAAAAUACAUUAAGCACGCACCUCCAACUCCAGGUCUUCUAAAACUUAUGGAAGAACUCCAAAUUGCCCCACCAAAGCAAUUUCUUCAGCAGUUUAACAAUAGUGGCCUUGACGGAGCCGGUUCUUCCCAUUCUCGACCCGGUGGAGACAAAGGAGAAGGGGAGAUGAUGUUCUUCUGUCAGCACUGCGAAUAUGGGAACCGCACUGUGAAAGGCGUGUUGAUUCAUUAUCAGAAGAAGCACAGGGAUGUGAAAGCUAAUGCAGAUCUUGUGCGACGGCACACAGCUGUUGUUAGAAGCCAGCGUGAGCGUGCGCAGAUGAGUCAGUUGAACAACAUGUCUGCCACGGCCAACAGCUCCGACGGGGAGAAAAAUCGACCGCUGAGGUCCCUGAAAUGCAGACACUGCUCCUAUAUGUCUCCGUACGUUUAUGCGCUGAAAAAACAUCUCAAGAAAGACCAUCCGACCAUGAAGGCUACUGCCUCUACCAUUUUACACUGGGGUUAUCAGGAUGGUAUUCUAGAGGCAGGAUAUCACUGUGAGUGGUGCAUCUAUUCUCAUGCAGAACCAAACGGAUUGCUAAUGCAUUACCAAAGACGACACCCGGAGCAUAACGUCGAUUAUACCUAUAUGGCUACAAAAUUGUGGGCAGGGCCGGAUACUAUUACAGCUACUACCACUACUACUACUGCUACUCCUAGUACCACCGCUACUAAUACUUCUUCUCAACAAGUAGCAAACUCUGAAAGCAAUCAUUAUCAAUGCCGAGAUUGUGCCUUUGAGGCAUGCUCCAUUUGGGAUAUCACAAAUCAUUAUCAAACAGUUCAUCCUUGGGCCAUCAAUGGAGAUGAAUCUGUGCUACUAGAUAUCAUCAAAGGUAACAGCACUUCAGGAAAGCAAAAAUCACACCAUCAAAAGGUGGACGCUGAAAUCAUAGUGGCCAGUCCAUUUCACAGGCAGCCCUCAGACCAAGACGAGGAACCGUUAGAAAUUUCAGUAGGCUCUCCUGAAAUGGCCACCCAGUUUUCUUUUGCUAGUAGUUCGAUAUCCACCAACCCCUAUCAGUGUACUGUCUGCUUGUCUGAAUACAACAGCUUGCAUGGCCUGUUGACCCAUUAUGGCAAGAAGCAUCCCGGUAUGAAAGUUAAGGCAGCUGAUUUUGCCCAAGAAGCUGACAUUAACCCCAGUUCAGUUUACAAAUGUAGACACUGCCCUUAUGUCAACUCACGCAUCCAUGGCGUGCUAACACACUACCAGAAGCGUCAUCCUUUAGUCAAAGUGACGGCAGAAGAUUUUGCUGAUGAUGUCGAGCAGGUGUUCGAGUUAAAUGAAGGCGAUGAAAAAUGUAAAUCUCAGAGGCAAGGGUAUGGUGCUUAUAGAUGCAAGAUGUGUCCGUACACCCAUGGAACGUUAGAAAAGCUGAAGAUUCAUUAUGAGAAGUACCACAAUCAGCCAGCAUCUGACAUGUUUAAUCCCUCUCUAACAAAUUACUCUGUAACUAAAGAGCUACUCGUGGAAAGCAAUUCAUCCACUAUGGAUGACAUUCAGGAAGUGACUGAAAUCCUUCCUUCAUUUUCCCAGUACCCGGGUGAAAAAUGUGAAUCGCACACUGUAUUUAGAUGCCAACUUUGCAAGUAUUUCUGCUCCACUCGGAAAGGGAUUGCUCGUCACUAUCGCAUCAAGCACAACAAUGUUCGAGCACAGCCUGAGGGUAAGAACAAUGUCUUCAAGUGUGCUCUCUGCUCGUACACAAACCCGAUACGCAAAGGGCUGGCAGCACAUUACCAGAAGCGGCAUGACAUCGAUGCUUACUACACUCACUGUCUUGCAGCCUCGAAGACCGUCACAGAAAAGCCUCACAAAGUUGUUGUCCCUAUAAGUUCUCAAACUGAAGGUCCAGCCUUGAGCGAAGAGCUAAGAAUAGCAGUUGAGAGGAGGAAAUGCUCUUUGUGUCCUUUCCAGGCUUUCAGCAAGAAGAGCAUCGUCUCUCACUACAUCAAACGGCACCCUGGUGUUUUCCCAAAAAGGCAGCAUUCCAGCAAAUUAGGGCGCUAUUUCACGGUGGUCUAUGCCAGGGCACCUGAACCCAGUCCCGAAGUUAAAGAGAAGCCUCCCCAAGAGCAACCCGAGACUGAACAAGAAAAGGACAUUGAAAGGCUUCCUUACAAAUGCAUCAAGUGCUUUAAAUUGUCGUUUAACACAGCUGAGCUCCUCUGUAUGCACUAUACGGAACAUCAUAGUAAAGACUUGAAGCGGGAUUUUAUGACGUUGCCAAGUCCAACGAGAUCCAGUGCCGACAACUUUCAGUGUGCCCACUGUGACGUUAGGAUUCUGAGCAUAUCGGAGCUGAGUGUUCAUCUGACCAACCACAACGAGGAGUUCCAGAAGAGGGCCAAGCGGCAAGAACGGAGGAAACAGCUUCUGAGUCGGCAAAAAGGAUGUGAACCUGGGGAUGGAAAAGUCGAAAAGGUUGACAACCAAACUGAAAAAACUCCUAUCGGUUACCGCUGUAACUUUUGCAUUGAGGUGCACCCCACUCUGAGGGCUAUAUGCAACCAUCUUCGAAAGCACGUUCAGUAUGGCGAGGUCAAAGCCGGCCAUGUCAAACAUGAAGUGAGUGAUACACCAGUUUCUUCAUCGGAGCAUGUGGUAGUUCAUGGUGAACACUCAGAAGAUGCAACAGAUAGGCAAAGCGCUGUGGGACUAGAAUCCACAGGGACCAGCAAUGGUGCAGUUACAGUGACAGCAACAGGGGAGAUGGAUGAAGCUGAAGGAGAAAUGGAAGACUGCGGGGAGCUGAAGGACAGUUCCUUCGGUGGACACGCCUGCCCACAGUGUGACCGUGUCUUCAUGUCCAUGCAGGGCCUGCGGUCCCAUGAGAGGAGUCAUUCUGCACUUGCCAUGUUCACCAGAGAAGACAAGUACAGCUGCCAGUACUGCCAGUUUGUGUCAGCAUUCAGGCACAACUUGGACCGCCAUAUGCAGACUCACCAUGGCCACCACAAGCCAUUCCGCUGCAAGCUUUGCCCCUUCAAGUCUGCCUACAUGAGCCGACUCAAGAGCCACUUCCAUAAAGCUCAUGCAGCAGGUGAACACACUUACAAGUGCUCGUCCUGUUCCUUCUCCUCCAUGACGAUAAGCCAGCUGAAAGAACACUCCUUGAAGAUCCAUGGAGAGGCGCUGACCCUUUCUAAACUGCGUGCUGCUGCUCAGUCUGCCUUCAGACCCCAAAGGCUACAACAGUUAAUUGGACAGACGUUGGAAAUCCAAGAGUCAGAUGAUUCCUCCUAUUCUGAGCCCGUAGACGUACAACAGCAGCUCAAUCACUACCAGUUGGCAGCGCGCAACAAUGCAAGUGCCAGCCCCACUCCUCUGACCAGCACUAUCCCAGAAGGCAGGCCAGAGAGCCUCUUGACCUGCGAGUUUUGUGAGUUCAGUUCUGGCUACAUACAGAGUCUCCGCCGUCACUACCGGGACAGACAUGGAGGAAAGAAGUUAUUUAAGUGCAAAGACUGCUCCUUCUUCACUUGCUACAGAUCCACAUUCACGAUGCAUGUGGAAGCUGGUCAUACUGCUGCUCCUGAAGAAGGCCCCAAAGAUCUACGUUGCCCACUCUGCCUCUACCAUACCAAAUACAAGAGCAAUAUGAUUGAUCACAUUGUCCUCCAUAAAGAGGAACGUGUGGUCCCAAUUGAAGUGUGUCGCUCGAAGCUGUCCAAGCAUUUGCAAGGAAUUGUGUUCCGCUGUGACCGAUGCACUUUUACCUGCUCCAGUGAUGAAAGCCUCCAGCAGCAUAUCGAGAAGCACAACGAACUGAAGCCCUACAAGUGUCAGCUCUGCUACUUUGACAGCAAAGAGCGGGAGGAGCUGGAGGAUCACCUGCGUGAUGAGCACAAGGUGGCCCGUAAUUUUGAACUUGUAGGCCGAGUGAAUCUUGACCAGCUGGAGGCUCUGAGAGAAAAGGUAGAGACCUUAAAUGCUGAGGAGAGAGAUGAAGAAGAGGAAGACUACCUAGAAGAGGAGGAAGAAGAAGAGGAAACGGCUGAAGUAGAUGAAGAUGAGGUGGCAGAAGAGGAAGUUGAACUGGAAGACGAUGAGGAGCCGGAAGAGAAAAAUGAAGCAAAAGAUAUCCCAGGUUCUCCAGGAAGCAGAGCAUCCAUCAAUAAUGAGAAGCGAUUUCCUUGUGAGUUCUGUGGCCGCAUAUUUGCACACUGCUCAGAAUGGGAGCGCCACGUGCUAAGACAUGGCAUGAUUCUGAGCAGCAAUAAGCUGGAUGACACUAGUGUUGAACAAGCAGAAGAAUUUCUGAACCAGGUGAGCCGAGUACCGAACACACCAACACUGGAAGAUAAACUCGAGGAAAACUCGGACGAACCCACGGAAGUCAACAGCCAUGAGGAUUCUGGCGACAGCCCACUAAUCAGCAUGGAGACUGAGAUAUCAGAGACCAAAAAAUGAUACUUCAGCAGAAACAGUGUAGCUUGGACACGUACUUGAAAAUUUAAAACGAGAAACAAAACCAACCAAGGCUGCUUUACGUUAACCUUUUAAACCUUCGGAGCACUGUUUGAUAAUAUAACGUUUUGUUUGUUUUUUUGUUUGUUUGUUUGUUUUUUUUUUGGUGGGGAGGGGUCAUAGAUGAGGGGGGGUCUGGUUUUAAAUGUAUAACAUCCUGUGUGUACUUGUAUCAUAUUUUCUAAACUCUGAACUUUGAAAUAAGAGACUUGGUCCAUAGGACAUAUGCUAAUAUAUUGGUAACCAAUAGUGAAUGGUACUGAGAUGUCGUCAUUAAGGUCAAAUCCUUCUUCGUUUACCUUUUUUGUAAUAAUUACGCCGUUGGGAGUGCGAGGAUGUGAACACAAUGUGUGCGAGACGUUGCUUCUUAGGAAUAUUUCAAAUCAUUUCUUCUUUGUGUGAAUUGGUCCGACUGUACAGUGGGGCCGCUACAGUCCAUAUGUUCACCUGCCAGACACCACGUGCAUGCUGGGUGCUGUUGUUUUUUUUUUUUUUUUUUCCUUAUUUUUUUUGUAAGAAUGUUAAAUAUUCUUCAACCAAAUGACACUUGAAUGUCAUACUUGGGGGGACUUUCCUACUUCAAACAGUUGGCGGCUGCACAGAUUUGACCUUAACGAUGAAGACUUUGUCGAUUUUUCUUUUUGAUUUGAUUUUAUACGCAUUGAGUACUUCAGUGUUCAUUUUCUACAGAGCAGAUUAGCUUUGGAAUUUUUUUGUUUUCGGGUUUUGGUGUUCAUUUUUUUUUUUUUUUUUUUUUUUAAUUAUUAGCAAUGUCCCAAAAUAUUGUAGCAAAUUGCUACGUUAAUCCAGGAAUAUGUCUCCAAGCUUUUUUUGUUCUUCAGUGUACUGUCGUGUAUUAUUGUACUUAAAAGGCAAACGAUGCCUUAUCACUGAUGGGAUGUUGCGUCCCAAGCAGCAAUUUUAAAAUUCAUGUCUAGAAUAAUAAUAAUAAUAAUAAUUUUACUGUUUUGUUUGUUUGUUUUUAUUUUCUUCUCUCUCUCUCUCUCUCAUUCAAAGGGAUAGCUCCAUAUGUGGCGCCUUGGUCCGACUACGAACAGUCGCAGCUGUUUAAACCACUUAGUUUGUUCCUUGUUGUCUGUUAAGUGUAAUUGUUAGAGGAAAUACAAAGGUAGCCGAUUUCCUACAGCUAAUCUUUGAAGCUUAUGAUAACCUUUCUCUCUCAUAGUACCUCAGAACUAACAAAAUGUAAUGAAUACGUUCUAAUUUAGUGUUUUUUCUGUAUGUUUACCGAGUCCCUAGAAGUGAAUCCGAUAGAAUGCCUGAUCCAACUCCGUAUUUUACAGGAGUGACAAAAAUAAGACGUUUUUCAAUACAAAUUUUUAAAAAAAGAAAAAUUGCCGUUAGGAGAGGUUUUGCACUGGAUGGUUGUACGGUUGUACUGCAAAGUAACAUUUGUUGGGUCAAAACUAUCACAACGUUUAACACUUUGCUAUCUGAAAACAGAAAAAACAAAAAAAACAAAAAGAAAGUUUUGUGAAUUUUUUUUAUAUAUUUUUUAUUUUGUAUUAAAAUUCUUUACUAGUGGAAAUACUUGAGUGUGGUUGCUGUUUUGCUUCCAGUUCUUUAUGGGAAUGAUAAGAGUAUCUGUAUUAAAACUUAAGGAGAAUAAUAAUAAUAAUAAUAUCAGUUGUGACUUUAAGCCCUAAAGCCUUAUUUUUAGAUGACAGUUUAGGAAAUGGCAUCUUUUCUUUUCUUUCUCUCAAUUUUGGUUUGUGAGUACCGCAUUGGAUGCCAAUGGAGAUUUUUAUUAUUUUAAUUAUUUUUGGUUUUCUUCCCUUGGACUCCUGUACGGUAAGGAGAUGCCGCCAGCUUUUGAUUCCCAUACCGAUGCUGCUAUCUUGAAUCCCCUCGGCAGUAGUUCACUUUUUUCUUUCUGUAAUUUGAUUUUGUUUCUUUUUCUCUCUCUUUCUGUUUUAAACGUACACUAUAAACACUAUAAAUGUCAAACAUUAAAGACUUUCAUGCUGAAUGCUUUAUAUGGUAUUGUUGAUUUGACCGGGUCUGGUCUUCUUUUUUUUUUUUUUUUGUAAUUAAUGUCCCACGGUUUGCAUUCAUUUUGUUUCCUUUUUUUUUUUUUUUUUUUUUUUUGUCCGGGGCUUUAUGAAUAAUAGGAUGCAUUCACUCCCUGAACAAUUCCAACAGUAGUCACCGUGUAACCGGCCGAUGUGAUUUUUAGGAUGAUAAAACGUUUAAAAACACAAAAAGACGAUAAGCUUGGAGGAAUGGGUGGUGUUGAGCUGAUGUGUCCAUUGACAAGACACUGGAAACUUGUGUAUACAGUAUAUAUAUAUUGUUUGUUUUUUAUAUUGGACUCGACCAUAGCUCAGUUUAGCUUCAACAUACUGGAUUGAUUGCCUUUUCCUGUGAAGAAACGAAAAAAAAAUUGAAAAAAAUCCUCGAGGUGGAUAUGUGACCGUUACUUAGAAUGCUUGUUUACGCUUUUAUUCCAGUUUUUUUUUUUUCUCCUCGAUACUCUGUAAAUAAUGUAAUUUGUUUGUUUUUUUAACUUGUUAAUAAAGUUAUAAAAUAACAGUA